CCUCCUUGUGUCCUGAGUGCAUCUCACUUCCCUCUCCGGUGUCGCCGUCCGUGCAUCCGCGGAGAGUGUCCUGUGUCCGCUGGUAGCCCGGCUGGGGAGCGCAUUGCCCAGGCCGCCCAGACAGCUCGCCGACAUGCAUGGCCGGGGGGUGCUGGCCGCCCUGCUGCUCCUGCAGGUCUCCGUGGCCGCCAAGGAGUGUGAGAAGCCCUGUGUCAACGGAGUGUGCCAGCAGCCGGCCGGGGACAAGUGUGUGUGCGAGCCCGGCUGGACCGGGGACCAGUGCCAACACUGCGGGGGCCGCUUCCUGUUGACCGGACCUUCGGGGUUCGUGACCGACGGCCCCGGAAACUACAAAUAUAAAACUAAGUGCACGUGGCUCAUCGAAGGGAGACCAAACACAGUCCUGCGUCUUCGUUUCAAUCACUUCGCGACGGAGUGCAGCUGGGACCACCUCUACGUCUACGACGGGGACUCCGUCUACGCCCCGCUGGCAGCCGCCUUCAGCGGGCUUAUUGUUCCGGAGAAAGAAGGCAACGAGUCUGUCCCGGAGGUGGCGGUGACGUCAGGGUAUGCCCUGCUGCAUUUCUUCAGUGACGCCGCAUACAACCUCACCGGCUUCAACAUCAGUUACAACAUCGAUGUUUGCCCCAACAACUGCUCAGGCCGGGGGCAGUGCGUGCGCGGCAACAGCAGCGGCGUGUCCUGCGACUGUGCCGACUUCUGGAAGGGGGAGGCCUGCGAUAUCCCGUACUGCGUGGACCACUGCGGCCAGCCCGAGCGCGGGGUCUGCAACCCCAACGGCGCCAAGGAGUGCGCGUGUCACGCCGGCUGGCAGGGACCCGGUUGUUCGGUCCCGGUACCGGCCAAUGAGUCCUUCUGGACCCGCGAGGAGUACUCCAUCCCCAAGCUGGCCAGAGCGUCUCACAAAGCCGUGGCGGUGAACGAUGUGAUGUGGAUCGUGGGAGGAUACAUGUUCAACCAUUCCGACUACCAGAUGGUUAUGGCGUAUGACCUGACUUCCCGCGAGUGGCUGGCGCUCAACAGCUCCGUGAACUCGGUGGUCGUACGAUACGGACACUCGCUUGCUUUGCACCAGGAAAAGUUGUACAUGUACGGAGGGAAGAUCGACGCCACGGGCAACGUCACCAACCAGCUGUGGGUGCUUCAUAUUCACAACCAGUCUUGGGUGCAGAUGUUCCCCAAGGCCAAGGAUCAGUACGCGGUGGUGGGCCACUCAACCCACAUUGUUACCCUGCGGGACGGCAGCCCUGUUAUGCUUGUGUUCUUUGGUCACUGUCCUCUCUAUGGCUAUAUCAGCAGCAUCCAACAAUACGACAUAGAGAGGAAUAAAUGGGAGAGCGUGGCCACCGAGGGCGCCCUUGUGCAAGGAGGCUACGGCCACAGCAGCGUUUACGACGAGAAGACGAGGGCCGUUUACAUACACGGCGGCUACAAGGCUUUCAGCGCCAACAAGUUCCGCCUCGCCGACGACUUGUACAAAUACGAAGUGGACACUCGCAUGUGGACCAUCUUGAAAGACAGCCAUUUUUUCCGCUACCUGCACACAGCCGUCAUUGUCAGCGGCACCAUGCUCGUGUUCGGCGGCAACACUCACAACGACACGUCGAUGAGCCACGGGGCAAAAUGCUUCUCCGCGGACUUCAUGGCGUAUGACAUCGCUUGCGAUCACUGGUCGGUGCUGCCGCGUCCAAACCUUCACCACGACGUCAACCGCUUCGGUCACACAGCAGUACUCAGCAACGGCUCGAUGUACGUGUUCGGCGGGUUUAACAGCCUCCUCCUGAGCGACGUUCUGACGUUCACCUCGGAGACCUGCGAGGCUUUCACCGCCAACGCGUCUUGUCUGGAAGCCGGUCCUGGAAUCCGAUGCGUCUGGAACAGCAGCUCGUCCACGUGUGGCCCGUGGGAGACCGCCACCCCCGAGCAGGAGAAAUCCAGCCUGUCUCGCUGCCCCACUAAAUCACAUGCAGAUACUGAGAAGUGUGAUCAGUACACGGACUGCUCGAGCUGCACCGUGAACACCAAUGGCUGCCGCUGGUGCACGGAUCAGUGCAUCUUGGCUACCCACAACUGCACAACCGGACAGGGUUUUGUCGCGUCGUAUGAACAGUGUCCCAAGAAUAACCCGGGCUAUUCCUGUAAUAAGAAGACCAGCUGCAAGAGCUGUGCCAUGGAUCAGAACUGCCAGUGGGAACCCCGGAACCAGGAGUGCAUCGUGCUGCCAGAAAGUAUCUGUGGCGUCGGCUGGCAUCUGGUCGACGGGUUCUGCAUGACAAUCAACGACGCCAAGCAUAACUACGACAGAUCCAAGCAGGUGUGCCACAACUCCGUGCUGGCCUCGCUCACCACGCAGAACAAAGUGGACUUCGUAGUGAAGCAGCUGCAGAAAAUGCAGCCGAAGAGCAACCUCACCCCCUGGGUCGGCGUCAGGCAGAUCAACGUGUCCUACUGGUGCUGGGAGGACAUGUCUCCCUUCACCAACACCACCCUGCAGUGGCAAGCGGGGGAGCCGAGCGGCGCCGGGUUCUGCGGGUACCUCGCCGAACCGUCCACGACGGGGCUCAAAGCCGCCAGCUGCAUCCAACAAAUCAACGGAAGCGUCUGCGAGCGGCAAGCCAAUCACAGCGCCAAGCAGUGCCGGACCCCGUGCGCCUCCAGGACCCAGUGCGGCGAGUGCACCAGCGCCAGCUCGGAGUGCAUGUGGUGCAGCAACAUGAAGCAGUGCGUGGAUUCCAGCGCCUACGUGGCCUCCUACCCCUACGGGCAGUGCAUGGAGUGGUACACGAUGAGCAACUGCCCACCGGAGAACUGCUCGGGUUACCGGACGUGCGCCCAGUGCCUGGAGCAGCCCGGAUGCGGCUGGUGUACGGACCCCAGUAACACGGGCAAAGGCCAGUGCAUGGAGGCGUCUUACCGGGGCCCGAUGAUGGUGCCCAGCAGCCCCGUGGCAAAGUAUACGUACCAGGAGCCGGUCCUGAACGUCAGCAUGUGCCCGGCGGAAAAUAACUACAACUGGUCUUUCAUCCACUGUCCAGCGUGUCAGUGUAACGGGCACAGUAAAUGCAUCAACGAAAGCAUAUGCGAGAAGUGCGAAAACCUAACGACGGGCAAAAACUGCGAAAACUGCAUAUCGGGAUUCUACGGCGACCCAACCAACGGAGGGAACUGUCAGCCCUGCAAGUGUAACGGGCACGCGUCGGUGUGCAACACGAACAACGGCAAGUGCUUCUGCACCACCAAGGGCAUCAAAGGAGAAGAAUGCAACCUGUGUGAAGUUGAGAAUCGAUAUCAAGGCAACCCGCUGAAGGGAACCUGCUACUACACUUUGCUCAUCGACUACCAGUUCACCUUCAGCCUCUCCCAAGAAGACGAUCGCUACUACACAGCAAUUAACUUUGUGGCCACGCCGGAGGAGCAUAACCGCGAUCUGGACAUGUUCAUCAACGCCUCCAAGAACUUCAACCUCAACAUAACCUGGGCGGCCAGCUUCGCAGCAGGGACCCAGGCGGGGGAAGAGAUUCCCGUUAUCUCCAGGAGUAACAUAAAGGAUUAUAAAGACAGCUUCUCCAACGAGAAAUUCGACUUCCACAACAAUCCCAACAUCACGUUCUUCGUCUACGUCAGUAACUUCACGUGGCCGAUAAAAAUCCAGAUUGCGUUCUCUCAGCACAGCAACUUUAUGGACUUGGUACAGUUCUUUGUGACGUUUUUCAGUUGUUUCCUCUCCUUGCUCCUCGUGGCCGCCGUCGUCUGGAAGAUAAAACAAAGCUGCUGGGCGUCGAGGAGGCGAGAGCAACUUAUUAGAGAGAUGCAGCAGAUGGCGAGCCGACCUUUUGCCUCCGUCAACGUUGCCUUGGAAACAGACGAGGAGCCUCCUGAUCUCAUUGGAGGGAGUAUAAAGUCGGUUCCGAAACCCAUCGCCUUGGAGCCGUGCUACGGCAACAAAGCCGCGGUACUGUCUAUAUUUGUACGGCUUCCUCGCGGUUUAGGCGGCAUACCCCCGCCGGGACAAUCGGGUCUCGCGGUGGCCAGUGCUUUGGUGGACAUUUCUCAGCAGAUGCCUUUAGCGUACAAAGAAAAAUCCGGAGCGAUACGAAGCCGGAAGCACCAGCCCCCGGCACAGCCCGGAACCUGCAUUUGAUGCAGGGCUUCUGAACUUUAGGGAUUUGAAUGAGAUCACGUCAGAAGAACGGAAACUGUUAUUUUUUUUUGUGUGUGACGGAGAGACGCUGCAGGAGAAGACGGGACCACCCUUCUAGGUCUUCAUGUGACAUCUGCCCCCCGUUUGCAUGGUUCCGUUCACAUCGCGUGAAAAUCCCUUCGCACAGACAUUCAUUUGGAUGACUUUUUUUUUUCUCCUUUUGGUUUAUGAUGUAAAAAAAAUUUCAUCUCAAAAGAGGAACGGUAAGAAGAAUCUUAACUUAUUUUCUCGAACGGAACUGGAUGCAGCCGUAACCCUCCGCUCUGGUUAAGGCUCCGUUAAUAACUUUGUCUCUCCCGAGACAGGUAGAGCAGUCGUGGCCCGAAAAGACGGUCCAUCC